AAGGUUGAGAAACUGAAAAAACAAAAAAAGGAAGAAAAGAAAAAGGGGAAAAGGGAAAACAGGCAGGCAGGUUGCCCCCUCCCCCUUAAUCAAUGCUUUACCGAACUUCUCAUCACCCUUCUUCUUCCUCCUCUUCUCCUCCGUUUCAUUUCUAUCCCUUUCUCUCUGCAACCACCCUACCCUCUCCUCAUUUUCACCAUCCUCACCCUCUCUUAUCUUCUAAGGUUGGAACGGAAAUGGAAUGCGUUGAGGCCGCGGCUCUCAAGACCAGUCUCCGGAGGGACAGCUUCGGCGGGAGGGGUAGCCCUCACCCUCAGGCGUUCUUCGUGGACGAGUUUAAUGCGCCCGCGCCCUGUGGGGUCCCUUCCGACGACUUCUCCGUCGACGAACUGCUCGACUUUUCCAACGAGAAUGGGUUCGUCGACGAAGGGAAAGAAGAAGAAGAACGGCGUGUACAAGAUGGAGAAGCAGAACAGAGCAACAACGACGGGAAGGCUUCUGUCUCGGGCUUCUGUGAAAUGGACGAUUUCCCGGCUGUUCCCGCCGGCGACCUCAGCGUUCCGGCCGACGACGCGGCGGACCUCGAAUGGCUCUCGCACUUCGUGGAGGACUCCUCGGAGUACUCGGCACCGUUCCCCGCCGGAAUGUUGCCGGAGAAGCCUCGGAGCCAUCAAGGCAGCGAGAACUGGGCGAAGCCGGAGAAGCCUGGUUCAGAGAGGCCCUACUUCACAACCCCUGUUCCCGCCAAAGCAAGGAGCAAGCGGGCCCGGACCGGCGGCUGGGUCUGGUCCCUCGGUUCGCCAUCGCUUUCGGAGUCUUCUGCCACGAGCUCCUCGUCGUCCUCCACCACCUCCAGCUCCCCUUCGAGCCCCUGGCUCCUGUGCACGAACUUCGGCCUAAUCGAGCCGGUGUACGGCAAGCCGCCGGCCAAGAAGCCGAAGAGGAAAUUGAAGCAGCCGGCCCAGGGUCCUGGGAUGGGGCAACCCCCGAGGCGAUGCAGCCACUGCGGGGUCCAGAAGACCCCGCAGUGGCGGGCGGGUCCCCUUGGGGCGAAGACCCUAUGCAACGCGUGUGGGGUGCGGUUCAAGUCGGGCCGGCUGCUGCCGGAGUACCGGCCUGCUUGCAGCCCGACGUUCUCGAGCGAGCUCCACUCGAACCAUCACCGGAAGGUGCUGGAGAUGCGGCGGAAGAAGGAGAUGUUGUCGGGUCCACCCGAGUCCGCCUUGGCGGUGCCCAGUUUUUGAAGGAAGAGAAGAGAUAGGUUUGACGGUAAUUGUAGGUGGGGGGGAUAGCGGUUUGAUUAGGACGGGCUCGGGUCGGGUCGGGUCGGUCCCGCCCGUAAGAGUUAUUAGGUUUUAGUCAGGGUUUAAUAUUUUUCCUUUUUAUCCAACCUCGAGGUGGGUGCGGUAGGUGAUGUGUAACAAAACCCUUUUUCUUUCUUGUAGUUUCUUGUUAAUCUUUCUUCUUUACCAAUUUUAUUUUAUUUAUUUUUUCGGUGUGCAUCUUGAUAUUCGAGAAUGCAACGGAUUUCGACUAAUUCAAUUUGAGUAAGGUCAAUUCACUA